GAUAGCGAUACUGACCUUGAAUCUAAUAGCAAUGAAAAUGAAAUGGCUAUAUCAUAUAAUAAUAGUAUAAUUGGCGAAAAAGUUAUUGCAUCACAAAAUUCUUGGAACAAAAAAGAAAAAUGGCAUUUAGAAAAUGAUGAUUAUAAUUAUGAUAAAUUUUUGUCUCAAGAAGAUGAUAAAUUAUAUAAGGAUUUGUUUCUUGCUAAUAGUUUUAUUGAAAAUUUAUCUCAAGAAAGUUCUAAUCAAGCAAGUAGUUCUUAUACAUUAAUUGAAGAUAUGGACCAUGAAAGUCUUAUGUCAGUUAAUAGUUAA